AUGAGGUCUCUGGUCUUUGUUCUGCUCCUUGGAGUAGUGUUUGCCACAGAGGGUGACAAGAUUGUUGGAGGGCAUGAGUGCGCGCCUAAUUCUCAGCCCCAUCAGGUGUCUCUGAACUCUGGCUAUCACUUCUGCGGCGGCUCCCUGGUCAACGAGAACUGGGUGGUGUCUGCUGCCCACUGCUACAAAUCCAAAAUGGACAUUGUCCUCGGUGAUCAUACGUUCAUGGAUGGCAAUGAACAGAUCAUUUCUGCUGCCCGCGUUAUCCCUCAUCCAAACUACGAGUCCUGGCUGGUUAACAAUGACAUCAUGCUGAUCAAGUUGAGCAAACCUGCAAUCAUCAACCAGUACGUGAAGCCUGUGGCUCUGCCCACUGGUUGUGCUCCCGCUGGGAUCACAUGCACAGUCUCUGGAUGGGGUGUGACCGUGAGUUCCUCUGCUGACAGUAACAGGCUGCAGUGCCUGGAUAUCCCCAUCCUGUCUGCUGAGGACUGUGACAUCUCCUACCCCGGCAUGGUCACUGAGGCCAUGUUCUGUGCUGGAUACGUGGAGGGCGGCAAGGACUCCUGCCAGGGUGACUCUGGUGGCCACAAACCCACAUGA